AUGGCUCCCCCAGCGUCCGAAAAGGCCCCGUCUGAAAAAGUUCCCUCCUUUUCAGAAAAGGUGGUCGCACCGUCAACCUGCGCAGCCCUCGAAGCAGGCGAAUACGACGCUUACUCCCCCACCCUCCUCGACGACCACCCCCUGCGGUCGUAUCCGUGCGGUAGUCCGCCAGCCUUGCGAUCGUACUGGGGCUGGAGCGGUUGCUGUGCGGGUGCGGGUGGUGAGGGGAAACGCUGGUCGGAGAGGUUGUUUUUGUUGGUUUGUGUGGGGUUGAUGGUUUUGGUUGUUCUCCAAUUCCUCUCCAUCUUACCAUACGCCAUGUCGUACCUGUUUCUCCGCGGACACCCAGGCGGACUCCUUCACACGGGAUCGAUCCACUGGCCGGCCGAACUGACCCGCCAAUCCAGCGCCUGCAUCGCCUAUGACACCAGCCCCCGCGCGGACCAAGACGUCGUCGACAAGGCUAUCUCCACGGGUUGUACGGGUGUCAGAGCUGACGUAUGGAUCGAUGGGCAGGGUCUCGUCGUCGGACGGUCCAGCAGUAGCCAGCGGGACACCCUGCGCGGAGUGUACCUACAACCGCUACUGGAGCGGCUCAAUGCGAAGAAAGAGAUAGAGUCCGAUGCGAUGAUUGGGCUCUGGGACCAUGAUCCCGCUCGCUCGUUCACCCUGUUCCUGGAGCUGCAGUCUCCUGCGCAGGAAGCAUGGCCACUUCUAGUGAGCCAGCUAGCGGAUCUCCACAGAAACGGCUAUCUGACAGAGUUGAACGGAUCACGGGUUGUCGUCCCUGCCCCAGUGACAGUCGUCAUCACAGGCGUAGACGCCGCCUCUAUCAACGAAAUGGCUACCGACCACCACUCCGACGAGGAGUCAUUAUUCCCACCAUACAUAUUCUUCGAAACCCAUCUACCACAACUCUCCCAGGCAGAGAAGAACUCAUCAGAAGAAUCCACAAUUCAACAACAGCGCCUCCACAGCGCCACCAGCAACUUCCAGCUUGACAUCCUAGGCCACAGCCACUGCAGCCGGCGGUUCUCGCUCGCGCAGAAACAGAUCGACCGCGUGCGCUCGCAGGUGGAAUCCGCGCACCGGCGAGGUCUGCCGGUGCGGUUCACGCAUUUGCCGGAGGGGUCGAAGAGACAGCGACGGAGGGUUUGGAGGCUGUUGGUGCGGGAGGGGGUUGAUUUGGUGGAUGUGGAUGUGGGUGUGGAUUCGGGGGAGGCUCCUUGGGGGGGAUGUGGAGAGAGGUGGUGGGAGAGGAUUUGGCCUUGA